AUGGUCAACUCCUGUUGUGGCUCUGUCUGCUCUGAGGAGGGCUGUGGCCAAGGCUGCUGCCAGCCCAGCUGCUGCCAGACCACCUGCUGUAGGACCACCUGCUGUCGUCCCAGCUGCUGUGUGUCCAGCUGCUGCAGGCCCAGCUGCUGUGUGUCCAGCUGCUGCAGACCUAGCUGCUGCCAGUCUGUGUGCUGCCAGCCCACCUGCUGCCGCCCCAGCUGCUGUGUGUCCAGCUGCUGCCAGCCCACCUGCUGCCGCCCCAGCUGUUGCAUUUCUAGCUGCUGCAGGCCUUCCUGCUGCCGCCCUAGUUGUUGUGUGUCCAGCUGCUGCAGGCCCCACUGCUGCCGCCCCAGCUGCUGCAUUUCCAGCUGCUGCAGGCCCAGCUGCUGCCGCCCUAGCUGCUGUGUGUCCAGCUGCUGCAGGCCCUCUUGCUGCAUCUCCAGUUGCUGCCGCCCCUGCUGCGGUAGUUCUAGCUGUUGUGGAUCCAGCUGCUGCCGUCCCACCUGCUGCAUUUCUAGCUGUUGCAGGCCUUCUUGCUGCUGCCCCAGCUGCUGUGUUUCCGGUUGCUGCAGGCCCCAGUGUUGCAUCUCUAGCUGUUGCCGCCCCACCUGCUGCCAGACCACCUGUUGCAGGACCACCUGCUGCCGCCCAGCAUGCUCCAGUGGGUCUUGCUGCUGA